AUGGAUAAAUUUCACCAGUUAUAUAAGGAUAUUGAGACGGCCACUAGUUUAACUGAUUUGCGUAGCAUAGAUAUUGAAGUUUACGACCAAGAACAGGUUCCUAAUGUGGGUAAAUGGGAUAGGAUGAAAGUUAGAAAAGAUAAUAAAAAAUUAGCCUUGUUUAAAACGGCUUUUGAAGGGACCGGAGCCGGACCGAGCGACGAGAUUGAUAAGCCGAUUCUCAUCAUUUACCCACACGUAAAUUAUCAAAUCCCGAGCACCGAGAAUUUAAAGGAUAUUUGGAUUAAGGCAGAGGUGAAAAAAGUUAAAAAAGAGGAAUUAGAUAAGGUUAAAAAGUUAUUAGAUGACAUUAGACAAGAAAAUUCAGCCAGCAAUUUACCCGCUAAUUAUGCUGAUUUUCAGGCCGGAAUUAUAGAAAAUUUACCCGACGACCAUACUCUCCCGGAAGAUUAUCGAAAAUCUAAAAUAAUAGCACUUUAUCAAGAUUAUCAUUUCAAAAAUGUUGGCGGUGCGGCUGAUACUUUUGUCGGAAGCAACAUUUUUCAGCCCGACGUCAGAAAAAAGGUUCUGGCUUACCGAAAACAAGUUUCUGAUACAUUUGGCGAACGAGAAAUCACCGGAGCCGAGGCCGGCCAAAUCCGUAAUAAUGGCUGGGACCCUACGGAAAUUGAUAUUGAGGUCGAUGGGAGAAUUACGGCUAUUCAGAAAUUCAAAAAUGGUGCUAGUCUAUCAUUAACCGACCAGCAAAUAUUAGAGUAUCUAAAAUUAUGUCCUAGUUCUGGUGUUGCCGCCGACCAGUUUACUGGUUCUUAUGCGACUUCUUUCGCCACAAUUAAUACUUAUUCUUCAUACGGACAAACCGACCAGGAUUUAGAUGCGUUAACCAUUGAUAGAGAGGAAUUAGAUAAAGUUAAUACUAUAAUAAAACAAAUAAAUGAUGCUAAAAGUUUAAGUGAUUUACCGGCCGAGGCGGAUAUUAAUUUAACGAAAUAUGAAGAAAAGAAAGUUCCAGCAACGAAAAAUUAUGCGGCUAUUAAAAACCAAAUAAAGGACAAAAAAGCCCAAUUAGACCAAGAUGCGGCCGACCUAACCGCUCGCCACGAUGCUAUUCAAGCGGCGGAGAAAAAUCGUCUUAUCUCUCUCAUUAACGAGGCCAAAGUUAAACCUGACAUUACCGAAAUUGAGGCAGAAUUGAAUAAAAAACCUGUCGUUUCCAGCAGCGAACUUAAAAAUUCGGAUUAUCAAACAGAAAUGAUUAAUUUGGUCCGGGAUGAUAGCCAACGAGCGACCCAAAAACAAGAAAUAAUUAAGGAAAUUAACCAGAUUAGAGAAAAUAAAUUAGAAAAAGUUCGACAAAUAAUUAGCCAGGCACAAAAUAUUUUCAACAAAGAUGCGGCUACUAAGAAAGAAUUGGAGCAAGUUAUUAAUGAUUUAAAUACUUUGGCUAAUGCUCCCAGUGAUAGUGCCGAAAAAAUAAUUUGGACGGAAAAAGAAACCGAAAAUAAAAAAUUAUUAACUGAUUUGGAAGCCAAGUUAAACACUAAUUUUCCUCCCGAACCGGAAAAAGAAGGACCAAAGGGUCCGGAAAUUCCUACUCCGCCCCCUUCCCCAACUCCACAGGAAGAAGCUGAAAAAUAUGGAGCGGAUUUUGCUAAUUUAAAAUCCACUCAACAAGGGGAACGAAAAAAGAUUUUUCAUUAUGAUAAAAGUUUAGAAUUUCUGGCUAGCCAAAAGAAAGUCAACGAAGAGUUAAAAACCCAUGAGGAUAAUUGCUCGGAAAAAAAUAAUGCUAACCACCAAGCCAACAAAGCCAACAAAGCCAAACGGCAAGCCCGGGCCGAUUUGGCUUAUCACGAAGAACACGAAUGUGGCAAUAAUUUAGAAAAACCCAAAAUUGCCAUUUACUUCUCACCGAACCAAGGAGGAAAUAAGCACGCCGAUCUAACUUAUGCUACAAAGGUUAACGAAAGUGAAUUAAGUUUGGAACAGGAUAAUCAGGGAGAAAUUUAUCAAGAAAAAUCGCCAAUCAACUUAACUCCUUGA